AUGGGCAGAGACAAGAACAAGAACCAGGAGCAGCCUACCCCCAAGUGUAUCCUACCUCAGCACAUCCUGAGCAGCAGCAUUGGCAUGGGUGUGUCAGCAUUACUCCACCUUCCCGUGACCCAGCACCCCCCCAUGGACCUUGGCAUGGCUGUCCGGCAUUCCAGGGGAGACGGGGCCAUUGGAGGGGGAGGAGUGGGGGGAGGCGUGGGGGGAGGCGUGGAGAGGCGGCAGCGGCGGGAUGUACUUGAGCCCCACCAGCGACGAGUGUGUGGGCAUGGCACAGACGCUGGGUUGAUAGUGCGCAAGGAGACGCCCAUGUACUCAUCCGUGGACGGCCUCACUGCUGACCUCGCGAUGCAGCACCGUGACUCAGGCGCAGCUUGGACGGGUGAUUGUAACAUCACCAGGGGCGAGCUUGCUAGCACGGGGAAUGGCUGGGCAGCACGCCGGCCAGCAGACGGAAAGAUGUCUCACUCACGGCACCGGGGCUCACUCACGGCAUCGGGGCUCACUCACGGCACCGGGGCUCACUCACGGCACCGGGGCUCACUCACGGCACCGGGGCUCACUCACGGCACCAGGGCUCACUCACGGCACCGGGGCUCACUCACGGCACCGGGGCUCACUCACGGCACCGGGGCUCACUCACGGCACCGGGGCUCACUCACGGCACCGGGGCUCACUCACGGCACCGGGGCUCACUCACGGCACCGGGGCUCACUCACGGCACCGGGGCUCACUCACGGCACCGGGGCUCACUCACGGCACCGGGGCUCACUCACGGCACCGGGGCUCACUCACGGCACCGGGGCUCACUCACGGCACCGGGGCUCACUCACGACACCGGGGCUCACUCACGACACCGGGGCUCACUCACGGCACCAGGGCUCACUCACGGCACCGGGGCUCACUCACGGCACCGGGGCUCACUCACGGCACCGGGGCUCACUCACGGCACCGGGGCUCACUCACGGCACCGGGGCUCACUCACGGCACCGGGGCUCACUCACGGCACCGGGGCUCACUCACGGCACCGGGGCUCACUCACGGCACCGGGGCUCACUCACGGCACCGGGGCUCACUCACGGCACCGGGGCUCACUCACGGCACCGGGGCUCACUCACGGCACCGGGGCUCACUCACGGCACCGGGGCUCACUCACGGCACCGGGGCUCACUCACGGCACCAGGGCUCACUCACGGCACCGGGGCUCACUCACGGCACCGGGGCUCACUCACGGCACCGGGGCUCACUCACGGCACCGGGGCUCACUCACGGCACCGGGGCUCACUCACGGCACCGGGGCUCACUCACGGCACCGGGGCUCUUCCUCCUGGCAGUUGA